GUUUUGUUUACAAAAUGGAAGAAUUUAGGGGCUGCAAUCUGGACUACUUUCCCGAAAACAUUUUAAUCGAUGUGUUGUCCUACCUGAACGUACGAGAGGUCGUCAAAGCCGGGAGGGUAUGUAAGAGGUGGAAACGCCUUGUUAAAGACCAAAGACUGUGGAGAAAUGUCGACCUGACUUCAUGGAAAGGGGUGACAUCCCGCAUCCUUUGGGUCCUGCUGCGUCAGUACCUGGGUUGCGGACUAAGGUGCCUUCGCUUGCGUGGUUUGCUGCUGUCCGCACGUGGCGGAACCUUUCUCUCUGAGUCUUGGCUUAAAGUUUUGUCCACAAAAUGCCCUCGACUGAGUAAGCUCUAUCUUCUGCAUGCAGACCUGAGAAGCCUGCCCAGUUGCCAGAUCCUACCUCCAUCUUUGCAGGUGCUGGAGCUGCGGGGUUGUGAGCUGCCUCGUGGCUUCUUCAAUCAGACCCUGCCAUCAGCUAGUCCCCAAGAAAGAGCAGAACCCACAUCCAGUGUUGGUGCUCAACUGAAAGGAAGGAACCAGAAAGGAAAAGGGGCUGGCUCUCCUUCAGGGAUUGGUAUUGAGAGGUUAGUCCUUAACAAUGUGCCCUCUUUUACAGACCAGCACCUGCAGGGUCUGACAUCAUGGGAGAGGCUAUGUCAUCUAGAGCUACGUGACACCUUUCGUGUAACAGCUAAUGGGCUUAGAAGCUGUGCUGCCAAAGAUGGUGUCUGUGGUGUAGAAGGGCUUUCCAGGCUCAAGUUUCUGGAAAUAGGCAUUACAGGGCGGCAGGGCUACCAGUUACAUAUGGCCUCCCUUGGCUUGGGGGCUGGCUGGCUUGGGCUGGAGGAGCUAAGUCUUGGUGGAAAAGAGGUGGGUCCAGGUUUGCUCUGCGCCAGCCGCUUGAAAGACCUGAAACGUCUGCGCCUGUGGGACUGCACACUCAGCGAGCUGCAGAUAGCCCGGAGCUGCAGGAUGCUCCGUGGACUUCGCCAGCUGGAAUUUGUGGACGUCAGGUUCCAGCCUCGUCAGAAUCCACCAGCAGAAGAGGGGGAGGGCGGUGAGGAAGAAGAGCAGGACAGAGAAGAAGCUGCAGGUGCAGAUGGCAGCAGCGACGAGAACAAGAUGGCAGAUAUGAAUGAUCCUAUUCCAGGUCUGCGUCGCACACUGGCUGUCCUGCUGCCAUCCUGCACACUGGUGUUUACCAACUGCUCUGUUCAGAAUAAUGAAGAUUGAAUGAAGCUAUAUGCUGCUAUAUACAAGCAACCCACAUGGGAUUAAAAAUAAAUAAAUAAAACAAUAACAACAAAAAACUGUUACAUAGGCUUUUAGAUCAUGUUGAUAUAAGUAGAACCCGAUUCAGAAUGCUCUGUCAACUUUUUCUGACAAUGCCACAAUAAGUCCAUAAAUAAAUAAAUAAAUAAUUUUAAAAGUCUGCUCACAAUGAUCCAUGUUUAUAGUAUUUUUAGGCUUUUAGAAUGAAGUAACAAAAACUGAAUAGCUGUACACAGUAAUGUAUUCAAAUGUAUUAAGGGUUUAUUGAGCGAUUAAAUAAAAAAAAAAAAUAGUAUGUAUAAAAAUAAAUGACUUCCUCGACAGAAUUACCUUUGAGUGCUUUAGAGGAGGAUUGCAGUUUUCAGCAGUGCAAGAACAACAAUAAAUGUUUUGGCCCUUUAUUUAGCUUUUUACAGUAUUAUGUUCAAAAUGUUACUUGUCUUGAUUAAAGCUGACUUAGAAGUAAGAGAUAUAUUGUGAUAUGGUGUUUUCUGAAAAAUCUGAUUGGUAACAGUUGCAUAAAACUUCCAAACUGAAUUGUCUGUCGUUGACAAAUCAGAUUACUUCAUCACAUUGAUGCAAACAUCAUGAAAAACAUCUUUCUCGUCAGUUUGCAAGGUUGCCUCAUAAGCUGAGGUUACUACAUUAUGAAAGUUAAGAAAAAACAUCUGUCGUCAAAGACACAAAUUAUAUUGUCUUAAGGGAUAUGUCAUGAUCUCCUACAAUACUCAGUUUCUUUGAGGUAAGUCAGUGGGAAGUCUCUCCUUUUUAGUGCUUAGAAACUCUAACGGUAUGAAAUAAAAUGCAGAACAGUUGCUGUUGGACUGUAAACAGAUAAGCAGGUGUAAGCUACAAAGACAAAUAAGUCAUGAUCCACCUGUUUCCUGUUCUUUACCACUUAUCAACAGCGUAUACUGUCAGAAAACAUAUAUUUUACUCUGUUUGGUUGGGUGAUGCACAGGAUAUUGUUGGGUGUUGCAUAUGUGUUUUGUAGAAACUGAGAACAAAAAGCAACCGCUUAUCCUGAAUGUGUGUAUAUUGUCUCAGUUUUAGGAAAAAACAUGGAAGAUUUGUGUCAUCAUACCGAAGUGUGUUGCAUUUAAAGCAACCAUUCAAUGAAGGUUCAUCUUGUGAAGAACAAAUUGUUCUGAAUAAAGCUAUUUUGAUGAAGUAAA